UUCCAUUCACCUUAUUCGCCGUCGAGGUUCACUGACUCCGGCGACCGACUUACUGGACUCGACACGUCAUCCGCGUGCUAAUGCCGCCUGCCGCCGUUUCAUCACAGUCGCGAGCCUCUUUAAAUUCUGUAGGUGUCCCGCGGUCGCGGCGACCUCGUUUCGCGGCACCCGCGCCUCGCCCGCACCGUGCAGCGUUAUGUAAAGUGCAGAGCGGUGCAACGAGCGUUGCGACCGCGUGCGCCCCCCGCGCCUCGCGAUUCUGCCUCGCGUUUUCACUCGCGACGGCGCGGAGCGCGGGGCCCGGAGGUCGUCCUCCCUCCCUCCGAGACGGAGAUGGCCGGCGGAACGCGGCGAGCGAUCAGUCGUCGACCGAAUCGCGUCGGCGCCGCUCGACUAGCACCCGCCGGUCUCCACACCCAGUCCGCCGCGGCGUGCAGACACCUCGCGUAUCGCGCCUCUAGUUUAUUUGUGGUAAUUUUUGCGGAUGCGUUUGCGACGGUCAGGAUCGUCGAGCUAACGACGGUGUUCGAAAAUAGCGUGCGUUAUCAUUGCGGCCUCGGGCGGCGAGACGAGAUAGUGCGAGGUCGGCGGCACCUGCGCUGCGCCGCGCCCCACGUGCCGCCGCUGGUGGUGCAGCCCGCAGGACCCCACCAGCGCCGGCUCUGCAACCGUUGGCCGGUCGAACCAGCCCACUUAUGACCUUCACUUAAUCUUACGUUUCUAGUAUCCGUCCUUGAGCGACUCCAUUGUUUUCCGGGCAUUCCGAUUCUUUGAAGACUAAUUAGUUUUGCUAAUACAUCAGUAUUAAGAAUCAAGUAUAUAUGAGGUAGAUAACUAUACGACCUGUCUCUUUGAAUAGCGAUGCAUUUGAAGAGACUUUAAACAAUUCUUAGUAAACAGUGAUACGGACAAUAGGCUUCUAUUGAAAUUAUUAAAAUGAAUGUUAGGACAAAAGUGUUAUGACCAUGGAGACUUUAGCGUGAACAGUAGCUAGUUAGUAUAUGUGUCGUCCUACUGUAGAAUGGGUAUUCUUAUGGAAUCCUCCGAAGUAAAUCUAUGCACUGCCAGAUACGCGAGCGGUACGGAAGUGUUCGGCGCAAUGGCCACUCCGAGUGACUACUACAGCGACACCAUCCACACCAUUGCUAUCAACACCAGGGAGACAGAAUUCGGCAAGAUCGUCGAGCCGAUCCCGAUAACCCUGAAAGCAUACCAGCAGUUCCAAGCACACGGACAUGCUAUACAUAGUUACGGGUUUCCGCAGCAAAUGUUAACAGCUCUAACUGUUCCCCGCAUUCCUGAUGAUGAAAAAGCUUCCAUGUCAUCGCAAACAACCCCCUCCAAAGGGGAAACAAAGGAUUCUCAAACCGUGCGGCCGCCACCGAAAAAGAAAUGGAUUAAGGAGUAUUUAGAGGAGGAGCCGAAGUCCCCGGUGUCGGUGCGAGUGGUGACAGGGUUGUCGGUGACGGCUCGUAGCAACGGCGUGGUGCGGCCGACGUCGCCGGUGCCGGUGACCCCCGCGCCCGCCGCCGCGCUCGUAUUCGAGCCGGCCCCCGCCCCCGCCCCUGCGCCGCCCGCGCCCCUCCUCGACUUCGUACAAGAACAUUCCAGGCCGCGUACAACGAGCACCAGUCAUGGGACCCCCCAGAUCCCCUCUCCCCCCUCGGUUGGCAGCAACGGCAGCAGCAGCGGCAGUGGCAGCGGCAGCGCCCCUCGCGCCGGCACGCGAGAAGUCCACAACAAGUUGGAGAAGAACCGACGGGCGCACCUUAAGGAGUGCUUCGAGCUGCUUAAACGGCAGUUGCCUGCUACCCCCGAUGACAAGAAGACGUCCAACUUGUCGAUAUUGGCGUCAGCGAUUAGAUAUAUCCAGGUUCUCCGUCGCAAAGAGCGCGAAUGCGAGCACGAGAUGGAGAGGCUGGCACGCGAGAAGAUCGCCGCGCAGCAGCGCCUCGCGGCGUUGAAGCGAGAGGUGUCCGUGCGCGCCACGGUGCGACCGAGGAGCACGGAAAAUGAAGAAAUGGAAAGGGAUGAUCGAGUCAAUGGACAAGUAGUGGGAAUCCCUAUAAGUAUUACCUCAUCCCCCCCAACCGUGGCGCGGACCAAGAGCUCGCCCCCCCGCACCCUGAACCUCAGCACGAAGCUCCGCACGCUCCCCAUACAGAUCACGCCCACCACCUCGCAGGUCGUCCGGACGUCGUACGGCGCGCGGCACAACACUCUCACACUUACUACGCUGGCGCCCGCGGAGUCGGCGCAGAACGGCCAGCUGGAGAACGGCGUUAGCAAUACCUUGAGCACCACGCUGGUGCACCCCGCGCAGAUACACCUCCCAAUUUCACAAGUGGUGGGCGGCGGCGGGCUGGUGGUGGGCGGCGCGGCGCUGCAGCUGCUGUCGGCGGGCGGCGGGCUGCGCGUGCUGCAGCCGCACCCGCACCCGCACCCGCACCACACCAACGGACACUCCUGCGCUCCUGGCGUGACAACAGGGGAUAGUAAUCAUAGAUCACAAAGAGAAAAUGGCAUUGUGUCACCUCCACCUGCUUCCUCAGAAGGCGUGGUGGUGAGCGGGCUGGCGCCGCUCGUGGUGUCGCAGGCCGGCCAUCUGCUGCACACGCACACGCUCGCGCAUAAGAUGGUAGAAACCCAAGUGGUAAGCGGUAGCGGCGGGCCGCUCACCGUGAGCGCGUCGUACCUCAGCGCGGCCGCCAUCGUGAAGCCGCUCGUGGUGCUGCCCCCCGCGCCCGCCCCCCCGCCCUCCCCGCCCCACACGUGAGGGGGCCCCGCCGAGACUUGGGCCCCGCGCCCGCGCUGCGGCGCCCCCCACACUGUAGUCUUCUAGGUGUCGGCGCUCCGGCAGCCACACAGUUGACUAGACGCCGACGCCAGUGUGGGGGGUGUCUUCGCGCCGAUUGUCAAACACUGCCAUUCUACGAGCAAUAAUCGCCCAAGUCUCUCGAGCGCAUCUACCUCAAUAACGCGCUUUCGUUGCUUCCACAACCAUUCCUUGGCGAGGUGAGGUUAUGUUUUAUUUUGGCUAUCGAUGUCUUGCGCUUGCGCGGAAAAAGUUAAACUUUUCAUGGGAAUUUUUACUAUUAUUUGACAGCUGACAAGAAAGAGUCGCCAGCUGUGAAAUAACUAAUUUGUCCUAUAGGGAGCGUGCAUGAACUGUAGGAGGCAGCACAGGAGCCGUCAGAUUUUUGGCGCGAGGCGUAAAUGUGAUGUUUAUUGUUCCGAUGUAGCCCACAAGAUGGCAGAACCUACUAUGCACAAGAAAACACGUGACGUGUAAAUGUACAUGUUUAUGGUUCCGAUUCAGGCCACAAGAUGGCAGACCCUCCAACGCGCACGGUCCCUAUAUACGGCAAGGGUAUGCACAGAACCAAUAAAAACUGUGCAUCUUAUCCCUUUUCUUGGCAGUAUAAAUGAGCUCGAAAGAGCUUCUAAUAGAGCAAAAAGGCUAUGAAAAAAUACAAAAAGAGUGUGAAAAAAUUGUAUAUAGUCUGGUAAACCAAUUGUAUUAGUAGAAAUAGAGCGGCAGAUUAAAAAAUCGAUCUCAUACAUAAUAUGUAUUUCGCGUUUUUUUUACUGACAAAUUAGUAUACCAAACUCCUGUAAGGUACGUUGCUAAGAGAAGGGAUCUCUAAGGCGUGUAAACAGAAAGAAAGAAAUGAAAACAUUCGCACGCUUCUGGUAAGCUUCGGCAAAGGGAAUUUGAAAUUGAAGUAGAUUGUCAAAGAAAAUUUUGUAGUCACAGCAAAUUUACUGCCAUCUUUC